AACCCUAGCUUCUUCAUCUUCUUCUUCUCAGUCGGCGAAAAUGCAGAUCUUCGUGAAAACCCUAACGGGUAAGACGAUCACGUUGGAGGUCGAAUCCUCCGACACGAUCGACAACGUGAAGGCAAAGAUCCAGGACAAGGAAGGCAUUCCACCGGACCAGCAACGGCUAAUUUUCGCCGGAAAACAGCUCGAAGACGGCAGAACCCUAGCGGAUUACAACAUCCAGAAGGAGUCGACUCUGCAUCUGGUGUUGCGGCUUCGUGGUGGGGCGAAGAAGAGGAAGAAGAAGACGUACACGAAGCCGAAGAAGAUUAAGCACAAGCAUAAGAAGGUGAAGUUGAGUGUGUUGCAGUUUUAUAAGGUGGAUGAUGCUGGAAAGGUGCAGAGGUUGAGGAAAGAGUGUCCGAAUGCUGAGUGUGGGGCGGGGACUUUCAUGGCGAAUCAUUUUGAUCGGCAUUAUUGUGGUAAGUGUGGGCUCACCUAUGUUUACCAGAAGGCUUGAGGUUAUGUUUCUUUAAGUUUUGUUAUGUGUUUUUGUCAAACUGUUGUUGAAUUGGAUACUUUUUAUGUUUUGAUUUAGUGAUACAUUUUGAUCUAUUGGCUAUUUAGAUAGUUGUGGUUGCUGGUUUU